UCUUAUCAGAAAAAUUAAUUAAUUAAUUAAACCCUUAAAGCUUAACUAAUUAAUUAAUUUCUCUGCCAUGGCCGCCGGAGAGAGCUUCAAGGUCGGAGCAACAAUGGCCGCCACAUUCCUCAACCAAUUCUUCAGCUUCAUCGUCUUCACCAUUCUCGACUUUCUCGACGUUCUUCUCUGCUACGUUUACAAGCUUUCCGAUUUCUUCAUCGAGGCAGAAUGGAAAUCUUGUUACUGCUCUAAAUCCGCCGCCGACGGCGGCGGCGGCGGCGGACAGAUUCUGGUCGCCGAGCCGAAGGUCGUCGGAAUGACAUGCACAAAACUGCGGAUGGAGGAAAUAUCCGACACGCUCUACACGCGCCCGUCGGUCGCGUCCGAGAUCUCGAAGAAGAGAUUGAUCGCCGGCCGGAAAUCCGCCGGCCGGCCAUUAUUCACCAUCAAUUCCACCACCGUCGAUUCGCUGAUCGGCCGCCACCAGAAACUGCCGGUCCCGCGGUGGUCCGACUGCGAUUGCAAUACUUGCACAUCAUGGAUCGGCGCAACUAAAGAAACACUAUUCGUUAUGACCGAUGGUGCCCGAGAAAAUGUGCAAGAAGACGUAGUGUUCAUCCACGGAUUCAUUUCAUCGUCGGCAUUUUGGACCGAGACGGUGUACCCGAAUCUAUCGAGGUGGGCCAAGUUAAGGUACCGGCUUCAUGCGGUCGAUCUUCUUGGAUUCGGGAGAAGCCCAAAGCCAACGGACUCGAUGUACACGUUGAGGGAGCAUGUUGAGAUGAUUGAGAAAUCGGUCCUCGACCCAUAUAGAGUCAAGAAUUUUCACAUUGUUGCGCAUUCUCUCGGGUGCAUUAUCGCGAUGGCCCUCGCCGUCCGGCAUCCCGCCGCCGUUAAGUCCCUCACGUUGCUAGCUCCGCCGUAUUUCCCAACUCCAAAGGGCGAAAUCGCUACGCAAUACACUAUGCGGAGAGUAGCGCCACGGCGCGUGUGGCCAGUGAUCGCGUUCGGCGCGUCGAUGGCUUGCUGGUAUGAACACAUCAGCCGUACCAUCUGCCUCCUCAUAUGUAAGAACCACCGCGCGUGGGAAUUUCUCGCCAAACUCCUAACCAGAAACAGGAUCCGGCUAUAUGUGAUGGAAGGCUUCUUUCUACACACACAUAACUCGGCAUGGCACACGUUACACAAUGUGAUAUGUGGCACGGCCGGGAAGAUCGAAGGCUACUUAGACAAAAUCAAGAAUCGGCUCAAAUGUGAUAUUACAAUAUUUCAUGGAAAAAACGAUGAAUUGAUUCCGGUCGAGUGUAGUCAUAGCUUGAAGGCAAGAAUCCCACGAGCAAAUCUUAAAGUCGUCGAGAAAAAAGACCACAUAACCAUAGUUGUUGGGAGGCAAAAAGCGUUUGCUCGAGAGCUUGAGGCCAUAUGGAAGAAUGCAACCUCUUGAUUCAAUUCAUAUUCAAAUCAAAAUAAAUAUAUAUAUAUAUAUGUUUCAUUAAGGGAAAUUAAUGAUCACCUUAAUGAAAGAGGUUUAUAUUUUAAUUAGAUUAUUACUAUGAUUGCAUGAGAAAAUGGAA